AUGACCACCACCACGGCCAAAAUCCCACGCACGGGGCCUGAUCAUGCAGCUAACGGCACCACCAAACGGAGCCGGCCAUGCGAUGCGUGUCGACGACGCAAGUCCAAAUGCGUGACCGAAGAGGGCCAAACCGUAUGUGUUCUGUGCGCCUUCCACAAUCAAGAAUGUCUCUAUCUCGAAGCUCCCCAACCACGGAAGCGAACCCUUCCCAGUGGCACGACAGACGCACAGUCUCCUUCGAAGAGAAGUCGGACGAUCCUGAUCAAGCCGGGCACAGGAGUCGAGGAGUACGAUACUCUACCGGGCCCGUCUUUAUUGAAGCGCACUCUCGGCUUGCAGAAUCGCCACCACUCGGAAUACGUGGGACCCAAUGCCAUCCCAGACGUCUAUAGUGGCCUGCCUACCGAUGUGAGGGACAACAGCGCCCACGAAUCUAACAAGCCUUCCGCAGACUAUGUGAGAUUCGUGCAUCCUCUCGCAGCUUUCCGAAUCAUUCCGGAUGCGUCAACGUCAGGCUGGGACCAGGAGCGUACCGACAUUGACGAGAUUGAAAACACGGCUCAGGGACAUGGGGCAGAACUGGUAGAACUGUACUUCAGAAUCGUCCAUCCUAGCUUUCCAGUUCUGCACAAAGAUGUAUUCCUCGAGAAGUAUGAGCGCUCGUAUCGAGAGUUUUCCCCACCCUUGCUCGCUGCGGUAUAUCUCCUGGCUUCAGGAUACUGGAGCUACAGCGAAUCGCUGCAGAAAGCCCGGCCUAUUGAUGCGGUAGCACUCCAGACCCUGGCCUUCAACGCUCUACAGAAUACGAUGCGUCGCCCGAAGCUCUCCACCCUGCAGGCCGGAUUACUCUUAUCUCAGUACCAAAAAGCUUUCAUGGGGGCUGUCCCUAACGAGCGGCGAGAUCGCUUGACCGUACAGCUCGUCAAUCUUGCCCACAGCCUCGGUCUCCACCUGGAUUGUUCGUAUUGGGAUAUACCAGACUGGGAGAUUGGGUUGAGAAGGAGAAUUGGCUGGGCGUUAUUCAUGCAAGACAAGUGGAGUGCUCUUCUGGAAAGCCGGCCAUCACUUAUCAUACACGACGACUGGGACGUGCAAGAUCUAUCCGAGGACGACUUUCCCGAGACCAUAGAGGACGAUCAGGAAGGCAGCAGCGAAGUGGUGAGAGGGCGGCUAGUCUUCACCCAUAUGGCUCACUUAUCAGUCAUCCUCUCGGAGAUUCUGCGUCUUGUCUUUUCGUCACGGGCAAGGCGAAGGAUUGACAGUACUCCAGACAAACUCACAUUGCUUCUCGAGCAGGUCAAGCCACUGCAGAUCAGACUUAAGGAUUGGUUCUCAACGCUACCCGAGUCGCUGAAGAUGGACACGGCUGCCUCGAUGAAGCUGUCUUCUGUCGGUUAUCUACGACUCUGUUACUUGAUGGUCGAAGUCUGCCUUCAUCGACGUCUCAUUCGGACCCUCGUGAGCACGGAGCUUCCCAACCCAACAGCAGCACACGCCUGUAGAGCUGCCGCCAAUGAAAGAUUCGUCAACGCCACCGACUUUGUGCAGCGCCUCCAGGCCCAACACCUAGCCUCAUUCUGGUACUUCGCAUCGGCAAAAUGCUGUGCCCUCAUCCACGCUUUCGGUCAAGUGCUCGAGACUACCGCUCAGAGCGAAGAGGAGAAAGCAUUCUACUCUAGAAAGCUCAAGGAGUUCAAAUGGGCCCUCAAGGUUAACAGCGAGGCCGGCGCAAGCUUCAUGAAGCAAGCUCUCGCCCUUAUCAAUCACUCGAUUCGGAUCACAUCCCAACCCUUCGACCCCGGCUCCAACAUGACGAGUCCUGCUUCCGUCGGCUUCCUACCUCAGGCAGCGGAGGCUUCGCCAGAACAACAUCAGACCCAGUGGAUGCCGAACAACAUGGUGGAGAACGGGAAUAUACCUUAUGGAGCUUUCCAUGGUGACUACAGCGCGCUUGACAACUCGAUCUUCCCCGACACGGACGCGAUGUUUUCACAAUUUCAGAGUGACCUCGAUGGUACAUGGCUAUCUGGACUCAGCUAA